UGUUUUUACUGCUUAUAUAGUGUGCGUGAAAUAGUUUUCCAAAUCUUUCAAAAAAAAAAAAAAAAAAGAGUUGCUUCUUUUGGAUUAAAAAUAUCAAAAUCUUGAAUUAGUACAAAACCCACAAGAUUCUCAGCCUCGACCUUUUCAAGUGUCCAUUUCUGGCAUCCAUUUCUCACAGAGUCCAAGUCCUUUCCUUGUUGAAUUCUAUCCUUUUCAUUUUAUUUUCCCAAGAAUUUCUGGAUUUUAUUCACAACAAUUUCCUCAAGCUCUUAUGGCUGGACAAUUAUUUCUACUUGUUCUAUUUUUAACUACUUCCACUGCUUUCACUCCUGAAGAUAACUUUCUCAUCAGCUGUGGAUCCGAUUCUAGCUCAGAGAUCGUUUACAACAGACACUUUAUUGGGGAUUCUUCAGACAAAGGUUCAUCUUUUCUGUUGGAAGGUAAAUCAUCUUCUCUCAAGAAUCCAAAUUCAGAUGUUAUUUACAGCACAGCUCGAGUUUUCACUUCUGCUUCGAGCUACACUUUCAAUAUCAAGAAACUUGGGACUCAUUUGGUGCGUCUGCAUUUCUCUCCUUUUACCUCUCGGAAUUAUAAUCUCAAAAAUGGGAAAUUUGGUGUUUCUGCCAAUGGGAUUUCGCUUUUAACCACUUUUAGUGCUAAUGUUACUGUUGUGAAAGAGUUCUUUGUCAUGGUAGAUAGAGAUGAGCUUGAGAUUGUGUUCACACCUGAUGAUGAUUCAGAUUUUGCAUUUGUAAGUGCAAUUGAGGUUUUCUCAGCACCCAAAGAUUUCUUCAUUGAUUCUGUUGAGAUAGCAUUGAUUAGCCCUCAAGAGAUUAGUGAGUUUAAGCAGAAUAUCUCAAACCAAGUUUUGGACACUGUUCAUAGAGUUAAUGUUGGAGGUUUGUUGUUAACACCUUUUAAUGAUACACUUUGGAGGACUUGGAUUCCUGAUGAGGAUUUUCUGGUGAUUAAAUCUGCUGCUAAGGUUGCUAGGACUAGUGAUCCUCCUAACUACCAGCAGGGCGGGGUGACUAGGGAGGUCGCCCCCGACAACGUGUACAUGACUGCACAACAGAUGAAUGUAUAUAAUGGGAGUUUGGUGAAUCAUUUCAACAUAACAUGGGAUUUCCCAGUGAGCUCAGAGGGCGCUAUGCAUUUGGUUCGUCUGCAUUUCUGUGAUAUCGUGAGCGUUUCCCUCAGCAUGUUGUACUUCAACAUAUAUAUUAAUGGCGUUACUGCAUACAAGGAUGUGGAUCUGUCUGUGCUUGCAUUUCAUAGGCUUGCAUCUCCUUACUACAUUGACUUCGUUGUGAAGAAUAUGAGGGGUUCUGGUGUUGUUCGGAUCAGUGUUGGCCCCUCAGAUUUGAGCAAUACCAUGAAGAAGAACGCCAUUCUCAACGGGGUGGAGAUCAUGAGAAUGGUCAAUUAUGUGUCUCCUUCGCCCCCAAAGUCUAAGAAUGGUGGCAAGUGGAUCGUGUUGGGCUGUGUCGUUGGUGGAGUUCUCGUGCUGAGUUUGGCUGUUGUAACGGUUGUAGCCAUAUUGAGAUGCAAGAUCAGGAAGCCCAAGCCCAAGACAAGGCAUGCGGAGAGCACAACAGUCUGGGCUUCUCUUCGUAUAUUUGGUGGUAGCAGCUCCCACGCCACAAUAUCUCAAGGCACAGCCCUGGCCUCUCCAGGCCCGUACGGCUACUAUGGUCUGAAGAUCCCAUUUGCCGAUCUACAGCUUGCUACCGAUAAUUUUGACAAGAAUUUGAUAGUUGGCUCGGGUGGUUUUGGCAUGGUCUAUAAAGGGGUGCUAAAAGUCGACAUAAAAGUGGCUGUGAAGCGAGGCGUGCCUGGCUCGAGGCAGGGGCUCCCUGAGUUUCAAACUGAAAUUACUGUACUAUCCAAGAUUCGCCACCACCAUCUUGUCUCACUAGUAGGCUACUGUGAGGAACAAUCCGAGAUGAUACUUGUUUACGAGUACAUGGAGAAGGGGCCGUUGAGAAACCAUCUCUAUGGUAGCGACUUGCCACCUUUAUCUUGGAAGCAGCGGCUUGAGAUAUGCAUCGGGGCGGCCAGAGGGCUUCAUUACCUUCACACCGGCUCAGCCCAAGGGAUCAUUCACCGUGACAUCAAAUCGACAAACAUUCUGCUCGAUGAAAACUGUGUUGCCAAGGUUGCUGAUUUUGGCCUUUCAAAGUCGGGGCCGUGCCUAGACGAGACUCAUGUAAGCACUGGCGUCAAAGGUAGCUUCGGCUACUUAGAUCCUGAAUAUUUCAGGAGACAGCAGCUCACUGAUAAAUCAGACGUCUACUCAUUCGGGGUUGUGCUCUUUGAGGUUCUUUGUGCUCGACCUGCAGUGGAUCCAUUACUAAACCGUGAGCAAGUAAACUUAGCUGAAUGGGCAAUGGAGAGGCACAAGAAGGGGAUGAUCAAUGAGAUCAUAGAUCCUAAUCUCAUGGGUCAGAUCAAGCCGAACUCCCUCAAGAAAUUUGGUGAAACGGCUGAGAAGUGUCUGGCUGAAUAUGGUGUGGAUAGGCCAACUAUGGGAGACGUGCUGUGGAAUCUGGAGUACGCGUAUCAGCUACAGACUAACGAGAGGCCAAGGGAAGAAGAGCAACGAGCAACAGAUGGUGAUGGUGAAGCACAUGUGUUUGUUCCAUUGAGGCGUGCAGACAUUGAUGGGGAUCGGGAUUGUGAUGGUGGUUCGGACAUUUCAACGAGCCGUGUUUUCUCCCAGCUCUUAACCAAUGAAGGUCGCUAGAUCACCGGAUAAAGUAACAAGUUGCACUGGUGCUGUAGGCAUACUUUUCCUUGGUUUGAAUGUUAGUAGCUACUAUUUUUGAGGCCAAUGUAACAUGCACUAAGAAUUGCCUGUCGCAACUUAAUACCAAGACAUUUUGGACUCUUGAUCUUGCGAGUUGUUGUAAUAUGUUUAUGUAACAUUUGAAAAUUAGUAAUAGAUUGUCGAACAGAGUUCUUAGCA